AUGCGGGCAGGGCAAGACAACAAGGACUUUGCAGUGCCGGUGUCGCUGCUCAUAGAAAAGUGGGGAGGAAAGUCCAGCAAGAUUUGGAUCCAUGGAUCAGUUCGUGGCCAGCCAUUGGAAACUCAGUCUUCAUCUGCUGUACUGAACUACAAACAAGCCGGUCAGCGCGAUGGCAUCUGGUCAACGGCUUCUUUCAGGCAGCGGUGCCUUCCUUACUGCAGGGAAGAUGCAAGAUUCGUGCAAUCUCGUGCAAAGAGGCUGUGA